AUGUCUCCGUCCCAGACCACGGCCGACAAGCAGAAUGACUCGAACAAGCUGCUAGAUCUCUCAUCGUUCCUUGCACCUACCAAGAUCCCUUUCAACCUCCUUAUCCGAGGCUCAACAGGCCGGGAGCGAUGGAAUUCCAAAGGCCAUAUCGAGAGGGUAGACGCAAGCGCUGUUGGUCUUCCUUCAGAUCUGUCCAGGAUUCUAUCGUACGAGCCAAGGCUUGUAUCUAUCAUCAAUCGUCUACCGGACGCCUAUCUCAAGACCUCAGAUCAGUUCUAUGAGGUUGAUGGGGAAAUUGCCGAUCUUACUCGCAAGAGACACGUCCCCGAUGAUCAGACACGCUGGAAGAACUGGGCCUUGAUCGUCACGUACAGAUCUAUUCCUUGGAAAUACCUGGAGCAUCUCUCUGAUGACCCAACCCUGGCCUUCCCACACCUGAAGCACACGCUUGAGGCCUGUCCAGAUGGCUUCCCCGGCCUCUCCAACGCUGCCAAGAUCGAUCUCGGACUCACUCUCAUUGAGUCAUCCCGAUUCUCCGACAUGGCUUGGAAGCGGUAUGCCGUGAACCAAGCCAAGCGCGUGUCAGUUGGUAUCGAGAGCCAAUAUCUCGCCUCUCGCAUUGCACUAGCGGAAUGCGUUCUAAACCGCAUCGAGGGUUCCAUGCUUCGAUCUGCAGCCAACCUGGCCACCAGAAGCAGCGAAGAAACUGCUCCUGAUGUGAGAAUGCAUUGCAUCGCUGGCCAGUACGCAAUCCAGCGAGCUCUCAACUUUAUGCAAGUCGAAGAGCUGAAAUCAGCCGAAGAGGUACUCGAAGCUUGGAGUCCCCUGAGUGAGACCCCAUCUCCAAUGGAGCAAGCAGUCAACUACAGAAAAACCAUCAUCCGGGGCAGAUCUCUUCGUCAACGGGGAGAAUUACGAGAUUCCAUCAUGCAACUCAACGCAGGGCGUCUUUUGAAGGACGAGCCCGAUAUUGUCCUUGAUGAAGAUCUCCGCGACCUCACCUGCGAGCUUGCUGACGGGCUUCGAGACUUUAAAUUUACCGCAGCAGCUGAAAACGUUGUGCGUUGGGAGAUGGAACGCCGUAAAGGAAGCUACAUCCCCGCCAUGGGUAAAAGCCUCUUAGAGGUGUCCCUGGCUGAGGUGGCCUUUGCCAGAGGGCAAUACUACAAUUCCGAAAUGCUUUGCCUCAGUGUCUUGAAGGAGUUCCCUCGUCUCAAGUAUGAGAAGAUGCGAGCCUACAUCAUUCUGGCCAAGGUUUACCAUACCAAACGCAACUUUGACCAGGCACACUCAUACUGGACGAUGGCUUUGGAGACUAUCGCUAGAUUUACCACUGGGAGCUCGCGAGUAACUCGUAUGAUCCUGAGAUCUCUCUGUCAUUCGGCCGGGAACGAUGAGCUGCGCGAGCAAUACCAGAAGCAGCUGGAACGCCUUGGUCCUGAGGAUGAAGCCGACGCUGUGAAGUUUUGGAUCUCGGGUAUGCCCGAAUGGAACAAGUAUCUACAGGCCAGGGAGUCUGAGGCCGUGGAGUCUGAGGCCGUGGAGUCUGAGGCCGUUGAGUCUGAGGCCAAGUAGAUGCUAUUUCUAAAUUGGAUCUUUUCUUC